GCCUCUCAGCUGUGGAGCGCGCUCGCGCGCGUGCGGGAGGGGGCGGGUGGGGAAGGAUCGCCGGCUAGAUCCCGAGGCGAGGCUCGCGCGCCCGCCCCCGCCCUGGCCCCCAGCGCCCACCCGGUCGGCCCGGCCCAGCCAUGAUCAAGGCUAUCCUCAUCUUCAAUAACCACGGGAAGCCGCGGCUUUCGAAGUUCUACCAGCCCUACAGUGAAGAUACACAACAGCAAAUCAUCAGGGAGACUUUCCAUUUGGUAUCUAAGAGAGACGAAAAUGUUUGUAAUUUCCUAGAAGGAGGAUUAUUAAUUGGAGGAUCUGACAACAAACUGAUUUAUAGGCAUUAUGCAACGUUAUAUUUUGUCUUCUGUGUGGAUUCUUCAGAAAGUGAACUUGGCAUUUUAGAUCUAAUUCAAGUAUUUGUGGAAACAUUAGACAAAUGUUUUGAAAAUGUCUGUGAACUGGAUUUGAUUUUCCAUGUAGACAAGGUUCACAAUAUUCUUGCAGAAAUGGUGAUGGGGGGAAUGGUACUGGAGACCAACAUGAAUGAGAUUGUUACGCAAAUUGAUGCACAAAAUAAACUGGAGAAAUCUGAGCAAAUAGUUUACACUGGCCUAUUUUGUAUCAGUCAAGAUUUUACUCAGGCUGGCUUAGCAGGAGCUCCAGCCCGUGCUGUUUCAGCUGUAAAGAAUAUGAAUCUUCCUGAGAUCCCAAGAAAUAUUAACAUUGGUGACAUCAGUAUAAAAGUGCCAAACCUGCCCUCUUUUAAAUAAAAAAUUCAAAAGGCCACUCCCAGGUAAAAUCCAGGGGGAAGUCAUCUAAGUUUACCAUGCAGUCGUUUACCAAAAAUAGAGAAGGAGAGUCUUAACUUUUGCUCUUGGAUUAAAGUCAAGGUACUGUAUAGAAAUUAUGUAAAAUCAGUAUGGAAGUUCAAUGUCGCUUUUCUUGCUCAGUGAUUUUAAAGACGUUGAGUAGUUCCUGUGUGUGUGUGUGUUUUUUUUUUUCCUUUUCUAAACUGCAUUCCUAUGGCCACCUAAGGCAUGCCUGUAUGUAUUGGCUUCUACAGUGUUUCAAAAAGUGUUUGAGAUAUUUCUUUAAUUAUGUACAACCCUAAAUGUUGGUGUUUUAUAUAGAUCACAAGUGCAGCUUUCCUUAAUUCAUUCAGCUAUUUGUUACACAAUUGUUAUUUAAAAAAACCAAGUAUGUAUUGCAUGAAAACGUUAUGACCCUUUUCUCUUAGUUUAAAUAAACUCUAAGGUAACUGGACUUCUAAAGCACCUUUCUGUUUGCUUCAUAUCUACUUAGCAAUAAUUUUUCUUACAACCCUCUGACUCAACAAAGUAAAUAAAACUAUAUUUUAUCACUGUUAA